AUGAUGAACAAAUUGAAAAUCGAGCGUCGAACAUCAAAUACCAGCAAUACUCUCAUCAAUAACAAUCGUGCAGAAAUAACCGAUGUUCUUAUUGCCGGAGCAGGAAUCAGUGGUCUUGUCGCUGGUCUUUGCUUGCAUCGUGCUGGUUUCUCCGUUCGCAUUCAUGAACGUGCUCAAAAGCUUGAAGAAACAGGUUUUGGUGUGAAUCUUCAACCGUAUUGUGUCAAAUUAUUGUACGAGCUCGGACUCGAAUCCGAAAUGAAUGAAGCCGGCAUUUGUAAUAAUAAAGCGGUCUUCUAUUCAAGCCAUGGUCAGUUUGUUUAUCAAGAUCCAAGAGGCCUCGAUGCAGGUUACAAAUGGCCGAUGUACUCGUUGCAUCGAGGUCGCUUUCAACAACUUCUACUUCGUCAUGUACAUGAAGAAAUGGGAGCAGAAGUGGUUCGUCUCGGCCAAAAGUUAGUCACAUUUCGAUUACAACCGCAUCAUGUUGAAGUCGAUUUUAUGAAUUCAAUUACCGGUGAUAUUGAUACAGAAAGAGCUAAAGUGCUGUUAGCUGCUGAUGGGAUCAAUUCAACUGUACGUAAAAUUCUUUAUCCCGAUGAAGGUCCUCCUCUUUGGCAAGGUAUCACUAUGUGGCGUGGUGUCACACGCAUGGAUAAGCUCUAUUUGGAUGGAAGAACUAUGAUUUUUGCCGGAAAUCCGGAUGAUCGUCAGUUGAUCGUCUAUCCUGUAAGUGAACAGCUCGUUAAUUGGGCUUUCACGGUUCGAAUUCAAGAACCAGGCGUACGACCAGCGCCAGUGGCAACUGAUUGGCAUCAUCUCGGUCACAUUGAAGAUGUUCUUCCUUUAUUAUGGAACAUAAAAUUGGACUUUUUAGACAUUGAUAAUCUCGUAAAUUCAUCGAUUAUCGUCAAUCAGUUUCAUGUCACCGAUCGCAAUCCAUUACCUCGUUGGACAUAUGAUCGUGUUACUUUGAUUGGUGAUGCUGCUCAUCCGAUGAGUCCCUAUGGAGGCAAUGGAGCUUCUCAAGCUAUUAUCGAUGCCCGCGAUCUUCUUUUGGCCUUCCGUACACAUGGGAUCACACCAACAGGUCUGGAAAAAUACGAUCAACUACGACGAACAGUCUCACAGUCUUACAUUUUAGCUGCUCGCGAGUUUGGUCCAGAGAAAAUUUUGAAAAUAGUCGCUGAACGAUCUCCAUUCGGAUUUCAAAAUUUGUCGGAAGUAAUAUCGUCAGAAGAAAUCGACGAGACAUUCUCAGUGUACAGAAAACAAGUCAAUUGGAAUGCUGAAAAAUUGAAUCAAGAACCAGCGCUCUUUUGA